UAAACUUGUUUAGGUGAGGGUAUAUUUUGGUUUUAGUGUGGAAUUUUGGGUACCUUUAUGCAAAAUGAUGGGGACCAUUAGAAAAAAACUUUCUGUUUUUUACCUCGUCUGAUCGUCUCCCAAAUUUAGAAACGGGUAAAGUGUUUGUGUGCAGUUUAUAACGACAUAAGUGAAUUGAAUGUGACUUCCAAAUUUAAGCAAUAAUAAUGAAGAUCGAGUAUAAGUCAGAGGCUCAACCAGUUAAGAAAUCAGCUAAAAGAUAAGGAAUCAAGAGUGCGAGACGAUUAUCAGGGUAAAAUCCCGAACCCUAAAUAUUGGUACGCCAAUAUAUCAAAUUGGGAGUUUUGUUGAAUGAAAAAAGCAUGCUCAAAAAUCAGUGUAAGGUAAAAGGUCGAGGUUGGGCUGUUGCCGUGAGAGCUCAGGUUUGGGAUUUCGUUUUUCCAAAGCUUGUUACAUGUUUGAUGUGAGAAGAAGAUUGCAAGAACAAAAAAAAGGUCCAGGUGCUACCACAAGAAUAUCCAACAAUGGAAACAGCUAAUGAAAUUAUGAAACAAGUUGUUCCAAUUCUCAUGAUUCCCAUUAACAGAUACCUACGUUACCUCAUUUUGUGCACAAAGUACAUGAGAGACAUGGGUAUCAAAAUCAUAGAACUGAAUGCUGCAAAAGUUGGUGUUGAAGAGAAAACAAGGCACAACAUUAGUAACAAUCUUGAGGUUCCAGCUCAAGUCAAGGGUUGGCUGGAUGAUGUAGGAAAGAUCAACACACAAGUGGAAAAUGUUCCUAACAACAUUGGCAGUUGUUUUAAUCUAAAGAUUAGACACACAGCCGGAAGGAGUGCUGUUGAGAUAAGUGAGGAGAUCGAUAGUGUCAUGAGACGAUACAAAGAGAUCAAUUGGGCUGAUCAUCCCAUUCCUCCAGGAAGGGUUCAUUCCAUGAAGUCAUCUACGUCUACACUAUCAACUAAACAUAAUGACUUCCAAUCAAGAGAGUUGACUUUUACAAAAGCACUCAAAGCACUCGAUCCGAACCACAAAUCCCAUAUGAUAGCCUUAUGUGGGAUGGGCGGAGUGGGGAAGACCACAAUGAUGCAAAGGCUGAAGAAGGUUGCCAAAGAAAAGAGAAUGUUCAGUUAUAUCAUUGAGGCGGUUAUAGGGGAAAAGACAGACCCCAUUUCCAUUCAGGAAGCUAUAUCAUAUUACCUUGGUGUAGAGCUCAAUGCAAAUACUAAGUCAGUAAGAGCUGAUAUGCUUCGUCAAGGGUUCAAGGCCAAAUCUGAUGUAGGUAAGGAUAAAUUCUUAAUAAUAGUCGACGAUGUAUGGCAGUCUGUUGAUUUGGAAGAUAUUGGAUUAAGUCCAUUUCCAAAUCAAGGUGUUAACUUCAAGGUCCUGUUAACAUCACGAGACCGACAUAUUUGCACUGUGAUGGGGGUUGAAGGUCAUUCGAUUUUUAAUGUGGGACUUCUCACAGAAGCAGAAUCAAAAAGAUUGUUCUGGCAGUUUGUAGAAGGUUCUGAUCCUGAGCUCCAUAAGAUAGGAGAAGAUAUUGUAAGUAAGUGUUGUGGUCUACCCAUUGCCAUUAAAACCAUGGCAUGUACACUUAGAGAUAAAAGUACGGAUGCAUGGAAGGAUGCACUGUCUCGUUUAGAGCAUCAUGACAUUGAAAAUGUUGCCUCUAAAGUUUUUAAAGCGAGCUAUGACAAUCUCCAAGACGAGGAGACUAAAUCCACUUUUUUGCUAUGUGGAUUGUUUCCAGAAGAUUCCAAUAUUCCUAUGGAGGAGUUGGUGAGGUAUGGGUGGGGAUUGAAAUUAUUUAAAAAAGUGUAUACCAUAAGAGAAGCAAGAACUAGGCUCAACACUUGCAUUGAGCGGCUCAUCUAUACAAAUUUGUUGAUAAAAGUUGAUGAUGUUCAGUGCAUCAAGAUGCAUGAUCUCAUCCGUUCUUUUGUUUUGGAUAUGUUUUCUAAAGUUGAGCAUGCUUCGAUUGUCAACCAUGGUAAUACGCUAGAGUGGCCUGCAGAUGAUAUGCACGACUCUUGUAAAGGGCUUUCAUUAACAUGCAAGGGUAUAUGUGAGUUUUGUGGAGACCUUAAGUUUCCAAACCUAAUGAUUUUAAAACUUAUGCAUGGAGAUAAGUCUCUAAGGUUUCCUCAAAACUUUUAUGAAGGAAUGCAAAAACUUCAGGUUAUAUCAUACGAUAAAAUGAAGUACCCAUUGCUUCCCUUGUCAUCUGAAUGCUCCACCAACCUCCGAGUGCUUCAUCUCCAUGAAUGUUCAUUACAAAUGUUUGAUUUCUCUAGUAUUGGAAAUUUGUUAAACCUCGAAGUGCUCAGCUUUGCUGAUUCUUGCAUCCAAAUGUUACCUUCCACAAUCGGAAAUCUAAAGAAGCUAAGGGUACUUGAUCUGAGAGGUAGUGAUGAUCUUCAUAUAGAACAGGGUAUCUUGAAAAACUUAGUCAAACUGGAAGAGCUGUAUAUGGGAUUUUAUGAUGAAUUUAGACAUCGAGGUAAGGGUAUAUACAACAUGACAGAUGAUAACUAUAAUGAAAUAGCAGAACGUUCAAAAGGUCUUUCUGCAUUAGAAAUUGAGUUCUUUCGAAACAAUGCCCAACCAAAGAAUAUGUCGUUUGAAAAACUUGAGAAAUUCAAGAUCUCAGUGGGACGACGUUAUUUAUAUGGAGAUUACAUGAAGCACAUGUAUGCUGUCCAAAACACAUUGAAGUUGGUUACUAAGAAAGGUGAAUUAUUGGACUCUAGACUGAACGAGUUGUUUGUGAAAACAGAGAUGCUUUGUUUAAGUGUUGAUGAUAUGAAUGAUCUUGGUGAUCUUGAUGUGAAGUCCUCACGUUUUCCUCAACCCUCAUCAUUCAAAAUUCUAAGAGUCCUUGUCGUUUCCAUGUGUGCUGAGUUGAGAUACCUUUUCACAAUUGGUGUAGCCAAAGAUUUGUCAAAUCUAGAGCAUCUUGAAGUUGAUUCAUGUGAUAAUAUGGAAGAACUCAUCUGUAGUGAGAAUGCUGGAAAAAAGACAAUUACUUUCUUAAAGCUGAAAGUUUUAUGUUUGUUUGGGCUACCAAAGCUAUCGGGUUUGUGCCAUAAUGUGAACAGAAUUGAGUUAUUACAACUCGUGGAGUUGAAACUUAGCAGAAUUGGAAAUAUCACAAGCAUUUAUCCCAAGAAUAAGCUGGAAACAUCCUGUUUUUUGAAGGCAGAGGUUCUAGUUCCUAAGUUGGAGAAAUUGUCUAUUAUUCAUAUGGAUAAUUUGAAGGAGAUAUGGCCUUGUGACUUUAGGACGAGUGAUGAAGUUAAUCUGAGAGAGAUUUAUGUGAAUAGUUGCGAUAAACUUAUGAAUUUGUUUCCAUGCAAUCCCAUGCCUCUGCUACAUCAUCUUCAAGAGCUUCAAGUCAAGUGGUGUGGUUCCAUUGAAGUCUUAUUCAACAUCGAUUUGGAUUGUGCUGGUGAAAUUGGAGAAGGCGGCAUCAAAACCAACUUGAGAAGCAUUGAAGUAGACUGUUUAGGGAAGCUAAGAGAGGUGUGGAGGAUAAAAGGUGAUCAAGUUAACUCUGGUGUCAACAUCCGUAGCUUUCAAGCUGUUGAAAAAAUAAUGGUUAAACGAUGUAAGAGGUUCAGAAAUUUAUUCACACCUACCGGUGCCAAUUUUGAUCUGGGGGCACUUAUGGAGAUUUCGAUCGAAGAUUGCGGAGGAGAAAGAGGGAUAUUCAAUGAAUCGGAAAAGAGUAGCCAAGAGGAAAAGCAAGAGAUUGGUAUUUCAUUCCUAUCGUGUCUCACACACUCUUCCCAGAACCUCCACAAACUCAAAUUGAUGAAAUGUCAAGGAGUGGAUGUGGUGUUUGAGAUAGAGAGUCCAACAAGUAGAGAAUUGGUAACAACUCACCAUAAUCAAGAAAUAGUACUUCCCUACCUUGAGGAUCUAUAUAUCCGUUAUAUGAACAACAUGAGUCAUGUGUGGAAGUGUAACUGGAAUAAAUUUGUCACUCUUCCAAAAGAACAAUCAGAAUCCCCAUUCUACAACCUCACAACCAUAUACAUGUAUGGGUGCAGAAGAAUUAAGUACUUGUUUUCACCUCUCAUGGCAAAACUUCUUUCCAACCUAAAGAAAGUCCAUAUAGAGUUUUGUGAUGGUAUUGAAGAAGUUGUUUCAAACAGAGAUGAUAAGGAUGAAGAAAUGACUACAUUUACCAACACAAGUACCAUCUUGUUCCCUCAUCUUGAUUCUCUCCAUCUUAGUAGCUUAAAAACUCUCAAACAUAUCGGUGGUGGUGGUGGUGCGAAAUUUUGGAACAAUGAAUUAUCUUUUGACAAUACCAUUAUAACUACCACCCUUGAUCAAUCUAAGUCUUCUGAAGCAGCAGGACAAAGCCAAAAGCUUCAAGUGCUGAAAAUAAAGUUUUGCAAUGGGAUGAAGGAGGUAUUUGAAACUCAAGAGACAAGCAGCAACAAAAGUGGUUGUGAUGAAGGUAAAGGUGGUACACCAACACCAGCAAUUCCAAGAAUAAAUGAUGCUAUUGUCCCUAAACUUCCAUACCUAAAGAUAUUGGAAAUCGUAAGUUGUGAGGGUUUGGAACAUAUAUUCACAUUCUCUGCACUUGAAAGCCUCAGACAUCUCAAAAAGUUAAAGAUAUGGAAUUGCAAGGCAAUGAAAGUGAUUGUGAAGAGGGAAGAAUAUGCAUCAGCAUCAUCAUCAAAGAAGGUUGUGGUCUUUCCUCGUCUGAAAUCUAUUGUACUAAAAGCUCUACCAGAGCUGGUGGGUUUCUUCUUGGGGAUGAAUGAGUUCCGGUGGCCAUUAUUGGAUGAAGUUGUGAUCGAGAAAUGCCCAAAAAUGAUAGUGUUUGCAUCUGGUGGGUCCACAGCUCCCAAACUCAAGUCUAUAAAAACAACCUUUGGUAUAUAUAGUGUUGAUCAACAUGGUCUGAACUUUCAGACCACAUUCCCUCCUACUUCAGAAAGGACACCUUGGUCUUUUCAUAAGUUGAUUGAAUUAGAUGUGAAACAUAGUCAUGAUGUUAAAAAGAUUAUUCCAUCUAGUGAGUUGCUGCAACUGCAAAAGCUGGGAAAGAUUCGUGUGAGUGGUUGUAAGAUGGUAGAGGAGGUAUUUGAAGCAUUGGAAGAAUCAGGGAGAAAUAGAAAUUGUAGUAGUGGACGUGGUUUUGAUGAAUCGUCACAAACUACUACUACUCUUAUCAAUCCUCCAAACCUAACACAACUGGAGUUAGUGGGAUUAGAUCGUUUAAGGAAUCUAUGGAAGAGAAAUCAAUGGACAGUGUUUGAGUUUCCAAACCUAACAAGAGUUGAAAUUAGUGAAUGUGAUAGGUUAGAACAUGUGUUUACUAGUUCCAUGGUUGGUAGUCUAUUGCAACUCCAAGAGCUAUGUAUAAAGGACUGCGGGCAUAUGGAGGAGGUCAUUGUUGUAAAAGCAGAAGAAGAAUCUGAUGACAAGACGAAUGAGACACUUGUGUUACCUCGUCUAAACUCCUUAACACUUAAAAGUCUUCCACGUCUUAAGGCGUUUAGCUUGGGAAAGGAGGAUUUUUCAUUACCCUUAUUAGAUUCUUUGGCAAUCAGCUACUGCCCAGCAAUGACGACUUUCACCAAGGGAAAUUCCACUACUCCACAGCUAAAAGAAAUAGAAAUAAAUUAUAACUCGUUUUAUGCAGGGGAAGACAUCAACUCCUUUAUAAAGAUGAACAAGAGGAAUUCAGAAAAGAGAAAGACUGAUUAAAGUCAAGUGCAUAUUAAAGUGUUAGCCAUCUAAACCAAACAACUAUGCCACCAGUAUUCAAGGGGAAAAUUGUUGAUCAUCUAAAUAAGAUCUGAAGAAGAACACGGUUGCUAUGAAGAUGUUCACGAAUGAGGAAAAAAUGUGUAAAACUAAUAACAAGAUACAUGUUGAUUUAAGUAUGUUAGUUGAAGAUAUUAAUUUUAAUAUUUAAAAUUUUUUUGUUAUCAUUACGUGGGUUUACGAGUGUUAAUGCGAUGAUGAGUGACUUAAGCUAGAUUAUGUUGUAGUAGAUGUUGGACUCAAUUACAGAAAAAUAGCAAUUGGUUGUGAAAAAUAUAUGCAAAAUACAAUAGCGAAAUACUGG